AUGGGAGUUCUAGACGCACUGAGAGAUUUUAGUCUGUUGACAUGGCUUAGAGAAGGAAGACAGUCUCGAAGGCUGAUUUUGUUAAUUGUUUUCAUCGCUUUAUUGUUGGAUAAUAUGCUGUUAACGGUGGUCGUACCUAUUAUCCCCAGCUACUUGUAUGCAGUGGACGAUGAGGCAGCCUCCACAGCCAAGACUAACUCGGUCACCUCAUACACACCUUCCGGAACAUUCCAGACAAUUGUGUCCCUCUAUGACAAUUCUACCAAAACGACCAGUGGUGGAGCUGAGCUCACCACCGUUAAGCCACUGAGCCAAAUUCCAUUCACCUCUACUGCAAUAACUCCACACAAUACGACCGACUGCCCCAAGGGUGAUGAACAACUGCUUAAUGAGAAUGUAAAAGUGGGGCUGCUGUUUGCAUCCAAAGCCACAGUGCAGCUGCUUACAAACCCUUUCAUAGGGCCUCUUACAAACAGAAUAGGCUACCAGAUCCCAAUGUUUGCUGGGUUCUGUAUUAUGUUCGUCUCAACAAUCAUGUUUGCCUUCUCAUCGAGCUACGCUCUGCUGUUUCUGGCCAGAUCUCUACAAGGUGUUGGUUCAUCCUGUUCAUCAGUGGCUGGGAUGGGGAUGCUGGCAAGUGUGUACACUGAUGAUGAAGAAAGGGGCAACGCUAUCGGGAUUGCAUUAGGAGGACUUGCCAUGGGAGUUCUGGUUGGCCCUCCCUUUGGCAGUGUAAUGUAUGAGUUUGUAGGGAAGACAGCUCCCUUCCUUAUCCUGGCAGUGUUGGCGGUGUUAGAUGGAGCUCUCCAGUUGUUUGUUCUGCAGCCAUCAAAGGUAGAACCGGAGAGCCAAAAAGGAACCCCACUACUGACCCUAAUGAAAGAUCCAUACAUCCUAAUCGCUGCAGGCUCCAUUUGUUUUGCCAAUAUGGCUAUCGCCAUGUUGGAGCCAGCCCUGCCUAUUUGGAUGAUGGAAACAAUGUGCCCCAGAAAAUGGCAGCUAGGUGUUGCUUUUGUGCCAGCCAGCGUCUCCUACCUUAUUGGAACCAACAUGUUUGCUGUUCUUGCACACAAAAUGGGAAGAUGGCUGUGUUCACUUAUUGGCAUGCUGUUGGUGGGGAUCAGCAUACUGUGUGUGCCUCUUGCCAAGAACAUAUAUGGACUGAUAUUACCAAAUUUUGGAGUUGGUUUUGCCAUUGGCAUGGUGGACUCCUCCAUGAUGCCCAUCAUGGGUUACCUGGUGGACCUGCGGCAUGUCUCAGUAUAUGGCAGUGUAUAUGCCAUUGCUGAUGUGGCUUUCUGCAUGGGCUUUGCUUUAGGCCCAUCAGCCGGUGGGGCAAUAGCACGGAGCAUUGGCUUCCCAUGGCUCAUGACCAUCAUUGGCAUAGUGGACAUUAUGUUUGCCCCACUCUGUUUCUUCCUCAGAAACCCCCCAGCCACAGAAGAAAAGAUGGCCAUUCUGAUGGACACCAACUGCUCAAUGAAGACUCGCUCAUACUCGACACAGGGCACGCACUACCAAAUGGGAGAUGACAUGGAAACGGAGAGCGAUGAGUAA